AUGGUGUCCCAAAAAAGAAAAUCUGUCUCUAAAGACAACGCAAACCAGGCUGAGGAAGGUACCGGACUUUUACCACCCCAACGGAAAAUGCUCCGGUCUUACUCAGCAGCUUUGAAAACACGCAUUCCGAGUUUGCAUGCGGAUCAACCCUGGAUCGCCAGACUUCCCAUUGAAAUCUUAAGCAUUAUAAUCCAAUCUGCUCUUGACGACGACCAAGAAUACUAUGAUCCUGAUACCCUCAACGUUAAAAACGUAAAGCCAAAGCUGAUGUAUGGCUUUAUUCCAAAGGAUGAUGCAUAUCGUUACGCUCCUGUCUGUUCACUACUGAAGGCUUUCCCACGACUCCGCAGCGAGAUUCUGAAGGUUUUUUUCUCGAGAAAAGUGGAUUUGAUUAACAUAACAGGCGAAGCUGGCCUCGAAUUCCUCCAAUCACUCUCAGCCUCAGAAAUUGAAACUUAUCCUCGACAGUUAUGCGUUCCAUGGUACGGUCGACAGUCGGACGUCGCAUUCCGAAGACUUGCAAGGUGUAAAAAUUUGAAAAGUUUACAAGUUCUUAUUAAGGAUGACUCACACAUACAUCGUAUUGCCAAAUUGAAUCAGUCCUUGGACAGAUGUCCUGGAUGGGAUUCUAUCAUGAGUAUUCGAGGGUGCAAGGAAACUUCACUUGUCGUCGUCGCUUUCCGCCCGUCUACCACACAAAUUCAUCGCGUUUUUGUUAGACAGGUCCGUUCCGGUGCCAGAAUCCGUGAACAGGUUCUUAGGCGCGAGUUUACGCCGGCGACACAAUAUAGGAUGGAUAUUGCUGGUCUGGAACGACUAGGAGUUGUCUCAUACGUCGAUAUGGCAAGGCUUAUGCAGACUACUUGUUCCCAACCCAGAUUGCAGCAAAGUGAAGGCGGCACAGGAUAA